CCUCACCACCCAUGACCACUGAGCUCUGCCCCCACCCAAAUGUCAUCAUACUCCACACAGACUGUGGCAACUCCCCCACAAGCUGCUCAAGGCCUUCAAAAUGCCCAGACUCUUAAAUAUCACAAAGCUUGACCAAUGUCACAUGGUCCCCACCAGGAUCCCCUUCUGUCCUUGACCAUCUUAUUUUAUCGUAGAAUCACCCUCACCAGAUGCAUCCACCAACUUGCACUCUGGGGGGCCAUCCCCAAUUCUCCCCAGACUCACCGCCUGCUGUUUGCUCUGAAAUUCCAGCUCUCGCUCCCGCCGGUAUUGUUCCACUUCCAUCUGUGCCUCUUCCUUUGCCUGCUUCAGACGCCGGGCCUUCCCUGGAAGCAAAAAAAGGAUGGGGCCGCGAGUCCCAUGGCCUCCACGGCCCGCCGCCGGCGCCGAGAGCGUCGCUUCCGGCGGUACUUGUCUGCGGGCCGGCUGGCCCGGGCCCAGGCCCUCCUGCAGCGGCACCCCGGCCUGGAUGUCGAUGCUGGGCGGCCCCCGCCACUGCACCGGGCCUGUGCCCGCCACGAUGCCCCCGCCCUGUGCCUGCUGCUUCGGCUCGGGGCUGACCCUGCCCGCCCGGACCGCCACGGAAACACGGCGCUGCACGCUGCCGCCCGCCGCGGGCCUGGUGCCUACACGGACUUCUUCCUGCCGCUGCUGCGCCGCUGUCCCUCUGCCAUGGGAAUGAAGAACAAGGAUGGGGAGACCCCUGGGCAAAUUCUGGGCUGGGGACCCCCCUGGGAUUCUGCCGAAGAGGAGGAGGACGACGAGGCGUCCAGGGAGCACCAGUGGAGGCAGAAGCUGCUGGGAGAGCUGGAGGACGAGUGGCAGGAGGCCACCGGGCGGCUGGAAGACUAUGAGGCCCAGGAACCCGAGUCCUUCUCAGCCUGGUCAGAUCGCCUGGCCCGGGAGCACGCCCAGAAGUGCCAGCAGCAGCGCAAGGCAAAGGGAGCCCACCGGCCCACCACCCGGGCUGAGGGCUCCAGUCUCAGCUGGCGGCGGCAGGAGGAGGAGCGGAGACUCUUCCAAGAGCGGGCCAGGGCCAAGGAGGAGGAACUGCGGGAGAGCAGAGCCAGGCGGGCGCAGGAGCAGGCGCAGGAGGCUCACAGGGCCCAGCCACCCAGGGGAGCAGGGAGGGGCAACCUCUGGCGCUUCAAUGACGUGCCCUGGCCCUGCCCUGGGGGAGGGGACCCGGAGGCCAUGGCGGCAGCCCUGGUGGCCAGGGGUCCCCCCUUGGAGGAGCAAGAGGCUCUGAGGAGGUACUUGAGGGUCCAGCAGGUUCGCUGGCACCCGGACCGCUUCCUACAGCGGUUCGGGAGCCAGAUUGAGACCUGGGAGCUAGGCCGUGUGAUGGGAGCGGUGACAGCCCUUUCUCAGGCCCUGAAUCGCCGGGCAGAGGCCCUCAAGUGACCCCAGGGACAGCAGGAGGAGCUGCAGGGAACGCAGGCUUCGAGACAGGGCGGCAGGAAGGGCAUGAUCAGAGGUGGGGGUUACGAGGACGAGGCAGGACCGGGCACUGUGCAGCAGAGGAUGUGGGGUGGGAGCGAAACUUGUGAUGAGCGGGGGUGGGGAGGGCAGCCACCGGGCACUGCUCCUUGACUCUGCCCACUUCCUAAUAGGACCUGGUUCCACGUCUCACUCCCAGGGCCCUGCCUUUUUCCACUGCGGUGGUUUUCAUCGCCCAUGACAUCUUUCCCGCCCCGUCUGCCGAACCCACAGCUCUACCCACCUGUGGCCCGCACGCACACGGCCGCGCCUGCACUGGACGCUACAGGCCUGCUGCCGGCCCAUUCGCAGGCUGGCCCUGAGCGGGCCAGUGCGCCCUCCCGUCUCUCUCUCUCCCUAUGCCGGGCUCCCCUCGGUAAUUGGGGGCCCAAGAGAUGAAUGUGAACACCGGCCAAAAAAGGGAACAAAACUAGUUUCCCUCCCUCCCCAGCCCCCACCAGAACCACAUCCUCCUCCCCACUCAUUGCCUCCCCAGCAGACAGGGCUUUCCCUUUGCUGAGUCACUGAAUGGUCCAAGUGGGGGGCAGCGGAGCUGGGGGCCACGAGGAGGUUGUGAGAGGUCGGGUCGGGGCAGGAGCAGGAUGGAGGAGGAGCCCAGUGGGGGAGUGGAAUUUCGGUUACUAAAAUUAGGACCAGGGGAAGUAGGCGGAAAGAGCCAAAUUAUGUAACCUGGGUUGUCUGUUCUUGGGCAACCAGGGACCCACACCCGCGGCGAGUGAAGGAGUGACAUGGACUCACUCUAGUCAAGCUGCUCAGUCACUAAAGCCAAGUUGGUUGAGGCCCGAGGAACGACUCUGUGCUCAUUAACCAGCUGGGAACUUAAACUUGGGAAUUUUCCCGGCCUGUGUCAGUGCCUCUGAUACCCCCGAUCACCCCUGAAGGCCUCACUACGCCUUCACCUGACAUCCAUCACCCAGACACGGUGUGACCAGACCACCUGGGUCUGACUGGGCGCCAUCCUGGACGGUGGGUCCUGGCUGAGCCUGCAGGACCGACCAUUCUCAAGAGGAGGAUGCUUAACUUUCCUUCUUACUCGGAAACACUUCUGGGGUUUUGCCUAGUUAUGCUUCCAGUUUGCAAACCUGUGAAUAAAUCUUUAUCGUGUAUUUCUA